AUGAGCAAAGUGACUCCAGCUGAAUUGGAGUGUGUCUCAUCGGCAACUGGCAGUCGGGUAGGCUUCCUCGUCACAAUGGCUGCUAGGGUGUUUGGGAUCAUGUCGAGGCGUUUUGAACGUCGAAUUUCUGACCCUGCCAGUGUGCAGGCUAUGGAGAACGGUAUCGGAUCGGCACUGGGGACUCCAACUUUACCGCCAGUCUACCAGCAAUCGUCAACCCGAAGGCUGGCAUUUGGCUCAACACCCUAUGACACAUCACAUCCUCAGAAAGAUUUCUACAACAACAGUACGUUGGUGAAUCUGAGCAAGCUGUUCUGUGUUGCUGUCCUUCUUACUGCCUUUGUUCUGGUUAUGACUCACGGGUUUUCAUAUUUCUCUCCGGAUGAGACCAAUUCUAACUCAACGUCCACGGCCACCUUUUUCCUGUAG